AGAGUCCCGAGCAGUCUACUGUGUGACAAGAGCGUGAAAAGAUAAUAUAUAUCGGGAAUAAAUUCAUUCUCGUGCAUGUAUAUUUAUAUUUCUGCGGUAUAAAAGGAGAUGUCGGUCACAUUUUCGUCCACACGGCCGAGGGGGAAAGGGGAGGUGACCCAGCAAACCAUCCAGAAGAUGCUGGAUGAGAACCACCACCUGAUCCAGUGCAUUAUGGACUAUCAGAGUAAAGGGAAGACGGCCGAGUGCACACAGUAUCAGCAGAUCUUACACAGAAACCUGGUGUAUCUGGCUACGAUAGCGGACUCCAAUCAGAACAUGCAGUCCCUUCUACCUGCCCCUCCUAACGCCAGUAUGAGUAUGGGUCCGGGUGGGAUCGUUCCGAGUGGUGGUCAGUCUCUUCACUCUCAGAGUAAUCUGAAUGACAGCAUGGGCUCAGGUCUGCCCCCUACCUCACUGAUGCAGAGCCAGCUCAGCAAUGGCCCCAGCCACGCCCCCAUGCAGCAGCAGUCCGGCCCCGGGCCCUCCGCCUCCAUGAGCCUGCCCUCCAGCAGCCAUGGCUCUGGGCCUGGCUACAGCCACUCUGUGCCCUCCUCUCAGGGCACCACGCCUCUCCAGGGGCAGGGGGGCUACCCGUCCUCCUCCCGCGCCAACCUCAACAUGCAGUCAAACCAAGUCUCUAUGAUGCAUCAGCAAGGUGCAGGACCCCACUAUUCUUCGUCCCAGGCUGGGGGUCAGCACUACCAAGGCCAGCAGUCCAUGGGCAUGAUGGGUCAGGGAAACCAAGGCAACAGCAUGAUGCCACAGAGGCCCAUUGGAAGCUAUCGUCCCUCUCAGCAAGGAUCUGCCCCGCAGUACAUGGGCCAAGAGGAGUUCUACGGAGAGCAGUACGGACACACUGCCAGCUCCAGCGAGCCCAUAAACCAGCAGUAUUACCCCGAUGGUCAUGGAGAGUACUCCUAUCAGCAGUCAUCCUACGGAGAGCAGGGCUACGAGAGAUCAUUUGAAGAAUCCUCACAGCACUAUUAUGAAGGUGGAAACCCUCAGUACAGCCAGCAGCAGCCACAGUAUCAGCAGAGUUCAGGACAACAGCAAACCUUCAGCCAACAACAGUAUCCCUCACAACCGGGCUAUAGCGGACAGCCACAGGGUUAUGGUCCAGGUCAAGGUGGCCCCUCUCAGUACUCUCAGUACCAGCAGGGUCAAGGUCAGCAGUAUUCUUCAUAUCGCUCCGCACAGUCAGCACCUGGGGGUCAGCCACAGAGACCCUACACCUACGAACAGGGUCAGUAUGGGAAUUACCAGCAAUAAGGACAUGCAGCUCUGGGGAUGGCAGUGCUGUUGAUCAAGCAGGAUUACACUGUGUACAUCCCAACGUAGUGAUGCUGAAGAGUAGAGCUAGACCUGCUGCAGUCAGCUUAAAGGAGCUCAGCUCUGUCUGCUGCAGAAUGAUAUUGGAAUCCACUUUCCUGUCUCUUUAACUGUUAAUAUUCUCACUACUUUAUUUCACCUACCUCCUUUUCAUUUCUCAGAGGACUUUAGAACUGGUAUCUCUGUACAGAAACAAAAUUAGAUAUGCUGACUUAACAGAAACAAAACAAACAGAAAUAUAAUCCUGUUCAUAUUUUCAUAUUUAGUGCGUCAACUGUGAUUUUCCUUUUAGUGGAGAGAAAAAGACGAGCGGAUUAACCUACCUGGUGUAAUUCAGCUUGAGCCAGGAGUUUUAUAGAUAUAUACAUAUAUAUUUUUGUUUUGUUUUUGUUUGUUUUAUAUGUAAAGGGGUUAAGGAAGCAUUCAUAUUAGCUGUUUUUUUAUUUUAUUUUAUUUUUCAACCUGUCUGUUAUGCUUUAUUCCUGUUAGUGCUGGAUGGUGUUGAUGAAAUUAAAUAUUACAAUGUUUCCCAAAUAUAUCACAGUAUCAAGUAAUGUUUAUGUUAAUAUUUAUGGAGUUAAUGAAAUCAUACAUUAAUAAGGUUACGAAAUUAGCAUUAAUAAAGCUAUCCCUUGCCUCCAGGAGGAAUUCCACUGCCUUUCCAAAAUUUUCUGCUUAAUGUUUCAGAUGUAAACAGAGUGAUUCAGAGUGGUUUGGUGUGAAAUGGUUCAGAUUUCUUGACAGUGGUGGUGAUAGGAACAAGGGGUCGCCAUGACUACAACACAAAUACAGUAAAACCACCAGUGAACCUACACUUGUCUUCUGUGUUUUAUAUGGAAUGUUGAUGAUGGUAAAAUAGUGGAAAAUCUAAAUACAUUUUCUUUGGGGUCUAUUUUGCCUCACAAUGCCCUACAUAUUAUGGAUCCAUCUACCAUCAAUGGAAUCUAAGGCCAAAAUCAUUUUUAAACUAUCAUAAAAUAAUGCCUCAGUCACCAGGCAGUGUAUUCAUAACCGUUUCAUGUAAUAACUGUCUGUAAGGGAGCUUUUAGAGGUGGACGUCUGGUUCCUACCACUGUGAACAUUUCUGACUUUCUCCAAAACGGAGUGUUUCACACCAAACCACUCUCAAUGCCUUUGUUUACAUCUUAACCAUCUAAUUAUGCAGAAAGUUUAUUAACUUCAUGAAGUUAAUAAGUUAGCAUUUAUGAGGUUAAUGAGUGAAUCCAGGCUUCCACGAUGUUAAAAGAAUGUCUUACAGUCCUGACAGAGUGUGGACCAUUUCGGAUUAUCACUUAACACCUUACAGAAUAUUAGAACCAAUACAGAAGCUACAUUUACAGACAGAAAAUGCUUUUUAGUUUGCAUUUUUAUGUAUGAAUGGUGUUUUACUGCACUCAGCAAAUUAUAUACACAGCAGUUAUUUAUCAAUACUACAAAAAACUAAACACAAAUCAAUAUAUUUUUGUGUGCAUUAAUAGUGUUAUACAGAUACAGACGAUCUAUCAGCCUGCAUUAAUAUCGCCUAUAUUUUUCCUGCCCCACCCAAAGCUGAAUUUAGUUGCAUUAAUGCGCUGUAUCUUUAUGUUACUGUCUGCCUGUGCACAAACUGUGAAGAACUGUGGAAGCUAAUAUACAUUAACAUACUGCUUUAAUUACUGCAUAUCACAGUCAUGUAUAUGUGCUUUGUAUGUACUUGCGUGUCUGCACUGAUGCUGUUCUGCAUUAUUCAUAUUUUAUAUGAAAAUAUCCACUCGGUGUGUUAGCGUAGCCUACAACAGAACGAGUGAGAGGUAUUCUCUCUGUUUGUAUGUCAAAUUUUGUUAUACUUUUGUUACUGUCAUCAUUUGAGAACGAGCAGUUUUGAUUUAUUUUGCACUUUAUUAGCCUUUUUUGAAUGAAUGGAUGAAUGAUUAUGUGACAAAUGAUAUUAUGUCAUAUUAUCUAGCAUGACCUCAUAUGACAUGCUUUUUAUUGCAUGUCAGAGUAUGUGACUGACCACUUGAAAUACAUUUAUUUUAUCGAUUUUA